AUGCGCUACCUCCGGCUGCCUCCACCAGAUUCGGCCGCCUCCCGCGCGCCUGACAGCCCGGCCGCCUUCGCGUGGCUGCUCUUGCGCGCCGCACCUGCGCUUCCGCCCCCGCCAUCUCCGGGUGGCCGCCCCGCGCAGGUCGGCUUCAUCACCCGGCUCCGCCUCACCCAGCACCAGCCGAGUCUUCUCCCGCUGUCUAGCCGCGCCCGGCCGACCCUUCGCGCGCCCACAGCGCACCGGCUCCCGCGCGGGUUCCCGCACCCGGCCCCCGACCCAUCGUUCCGGCCGCCUGCCGGCUUCGGGCAGGCCGCCUGCUCGUUCCGGUCCGGCUCCCCCAGCACCUGCCGGCUCGCCGCCUACGCCCGCAUGGCCGGGUCCAGCUCCUUUCGCGCCGCGCCGGAUCCGGCUGCCCCUACGGCUGUCUUCAUCGCCAGCAGCUCCUUCCUGGACUGCAGGAGGGUGGCGCCGUGGGCGUUGAACUGCUCCAAGAUGCCCUUCACCGCCGCGUUGAGGACACCCGAGCCGGUUCCCGAUGCCCAGUCCGGCGGAGUGGUGCUGGUGGCCUCGGUGUCUCGUGUCGACGAGCUCGUGGCCCCAACCUCCAAAGGCCUCGGUGCUGAAGCCGCCCGCACCGGGCGUUGA